UAUGCUACAUCUUGUAUUGUGGAAUUUCCGCACAGCAAAUUACAACUGCCCGACUUGCCUCCAAAGCACUUUCCAAUUUCUUCAGUAAGUUGGUCUUUCGCUACCCUUCUCACGUCCGAAUCAGGAGAGCAGUAUUCGCAUCGCAUCACCAGGAAGCAAUUGCCUAUCCAACCUGCGUUUGCCGUGACUGGCCAAUCAGCACAAGGUAAAACUCUGCCAAACAUCAUCGUUAAUCUUAAAGAAGGAGGAUUCGCAGCCUAUGUAGCAGCAAGUAGGGCACGCACAAGAGAAGGAUUAUUCAUCAUCCAUCCAGUCAAACUAAAAGAUCUUAAUAAAAUACUCCCUGAUGCUCUACUUCGCGAGGACAAGAGAUUACAGAUUCUGCAACACAACACGAUGGUCGAUUUU